UAAAUCACAACUAUUCCGCAAAACAAACAAGUACGAGGAGUCGAGGACUGCAGCUGCCCCACCAAACGCCGACCUGCCGGGACAUGGCAGCUGCGGCGCCGGCCGCGGGCAAGGGAAAACGAAAGCGCCACCUCUCCGAGGACGACGUCUGCCUCCUCCAAAGGUACAAUCCGGGGACGAUCCUGACGGCGCUGCAGGAGGUGGCGCAGCAUGCGGAGGGCCGGAUCAUCGACUGGAGGGCGGUGGUGGCGAAGUCGGCCACGGGGAUCACCUCCGCCCGCGAGUACCAGAUGCUCUGGCGCUACUUAGCAUAUCACCACGACCUAAACGAGAGCAUCGAAGCCGGUGACCUGCCUCUGGGCGAUGACAGUGACCUGGAAUUGGAGCUUGAACCCAAUCCCAGCGAGACCAAGGAAGCUUUAUCUGAGGCCUCUGCAUUGGCCAAGGCGCUAAUAUCCAGAUCUUCACGUGAGCAAGCCUCGGGUCAUCGCAUUAAUUUGGAUGUUCCUGCGCUGAACACUCAAAAUGAAAAGAUAGUGCGGGUUCCAUCUAAGCAGCUUGCUCAGAGUCAUCGUGUAACAAAUGUUACAUGUCCUGUUUCCAAUCCAAAACAGUUAUCUCAUAUAGUACCCUCUCCUACUCAUUUGGAUCCAAAUGGAGCUUCUAAAAAGAGAAAAAAGGCAAAAGCUUGGUCUAAAGAGGAGGAUGCAGACCUAGCAGCUGGUGUGCAGAAGUAUGGUGAAGGAAAUUGGGAGGUCAUUUUGCAUAAAUGUAACUUUGAUAAUACAAGAACGCCUGAUCAGUUAUCUCAGAGAUGGGCACUAAAACGCCCAGGAGGAUCAACCAAGCCUGCUAGCACUAAACACGCCUCUGUUGGCUCAGAAGAAAGAUCAGCAACUAUCAAGGCACUUCAUUUGGCUGUCGGUCCUAUGCCUGUAUCAUCUGCACUAAGAUCAGGACGUGAACAAAGCAUUCAGCAUAAGUCUACAGCGUUUGCUCCUAAGAUGCCACAAGUAAGAUCUGCAGUAACCCCUUCACUGGCACCGGCACUGGCGCUGCCAGUCCAACCUCUGCGUGUGGCAGCUGAAGUUCAGUCUCCGCUUCGUCAUGGGCAACAAGCUCCUGGCCAAGGUGCGCCACCAAAAUUGUCAAAUGCUUCAAAUAAUACACGGAAGAAGCAAGCAGCUCUGCCAAAUUCUACUUUCAGUCCUUCCUCAAUACAAGCAGCAGCAAUUGCUGCUGGUGGGCGACUUGCCACAGCCUCAACUGCCGCAAAUCUUUUAAAAGCUGCACAAUCUAAGAAUGCUGUGCACAUAAGAUCUCUAGGAGCAACAUCUUUGAAAUCUUCUGCAAGCUUUGAUCAUGGGACACAAUCUGGGGGCUCCCAGCACCUAGAAUCUCUAAAUGCUAGCGCAGUUAAUGGUGUUUCAGGAGUUUCUGCAGUUAAUCAAUCAGGGCCACCUGCUGGAGCGGAAACUAAGAAGGCAUUGGGUACCACACUAGCACCUGUCCCAUGCGACAGCGAGGAAAAUGAGGAUGGCUCUGAAUUUUGUGCGAUUACGUUAGAUGACUUAUUCCCUGAAGAUGCAAAGCAGCCGGAAACUGUGGAUACCAAGGCAAAGCAACCAGAAACCACGGGUCCCAAGGCAAAGCAGCCAGAAAAUGCAGAUCCCAAGGCAAUGCAUCAAGAAACCAUGGAUCCCAAAUCAAAGCAGCCAGAUACACUAAAGGUUGGGAUAUUAGAUCCCAAAGAUAAAGACAUGCUAGAGUUCGAUCAAUAUGUUGCUUCUCAAGGAGCACACUUAAACACGGAUGAUCUGAAUAAAAGCAAGUGUACCAACAGUGCUUCCCAAGCCCAAGGUCUUGUUGGCAGCCAGAAGAACCCACUGAAACUGACUCCUGUGGACGGGAAAGCUAACCCUGUAACUGCGGCUGGGAGAGGUAAGCCUGUAGCUGCUGGAGUGGCAUCAACCGGAAAGAAGGCUACAAUCCCUAUCUCACAUUUGGCAGCAGGGACCCCACGCGGCAUAGUUGACACAGUCAAUGCCAACGCCCCAAUUAGAAGAACACUAACAAGGAGGGCAGCCGCCCUUGUCCCCGCUGGUUGCCAAGCUCCUCCCCCGAAGCAUGCCAUAGACGCGAAAGGCUGCCAAAUGACGAAUAGCAUUGCCACGUUUGUCAGUUCUGGAGUACCAGCCAGCAGCCAGGCUAGCACGCCCGCGAAAGAUGCUAACAAAGCAAGCCCACCGUCCAGCAGCUGCCAGCCCAAGCCGGAUAGUGUGGCGGUGAACGGUGCUAUCAGGGCCGUGAAGAGUGUUGCUAAGAAGGGGAAUCUGCCAGCAGCAGCAGCCAGGCAAUAGACAGGACCCUGAAUAACACGGUAAAUUUUGUAGUAAUACCCGUAGGACUUUUGCGCGUCGAUUGUACCUUGGAAUGUGAAUAUUAGUCGUUUUGCGUGUCAUUCUUUUCACCUUGCAUUUGGGUGAUUUUUGUCUGGUAUUCCUGCUGGGCAUCGCUAACGUAACUUGAAAGACGUUCUCGUCUAGUUCCCUUGUGAAGUGUGAUGCUUGUGUGUGUGUGUCUA